AUGUCGCAACACUCUCUGAGAGACGUGUUGAUCAACAAUGUGAAAGACCGGAAAAUAAUUGUCUGGGAUGAGCUCCAAGUACCUCCUAAUAUGGAGUCCGAUACUGAUCAAUGGGUUGGAUAUUUCCAGCCAUUGGUCCAAAUUUCGGGCCAUUUUAGCUCUUACUGGGCAAGGCCUCGAGAGCGGCCUGACACAGUUCUUCUAGUGACAUUGUGGCGCAACAUGUCAAAACUAAGGGGUUUCGAAGACACCCCUGGCGCCCAGCUCUUCUGGGAGAAUCUUGCUAGCAAAGGGAUUUUACGCAUAGCAUCCCACGAGACUGUUGUGCAUAGCAAUUGGUUUAACUGCUUGAAGGGGUCUUUCAUUCAGUUAUUCUGGGUCUAUUUUCCCGCCUCUAUAGAUGAAGAUCAGCUGGCCCAAAUUACAAAGUCCAAAGGUAUCCUUCCACCAGCAAUGGGCUUUUCAGUCCCGCGAAAGGAUUUUCUCCUGACACACAUCCCUGCGAAAAUAUGGGCAAACCAAACGAAAACUGUGAAUGAACAGGAAACCCAGUUAAUGCUGUGGCCGCAUUUCUGGCAGAAUGAAGAGAAGGCCGAGUUUCGGAACAUUCAUAAGGGUCGUACAAUUAGAUCUCCGACCGUGAGGGAAGAAUUCGUUACAGAGUUGGAAUACAUGAACCCGGUGGCGUGGAAAGAAGAGUUCUGUACUUUUACCUGCUUUCCUCUGGAUCGAGAGAAUCGCUAG